GUUACUUUUAUAAACAAACAUGUCGGACGGCCAAAAUGUUGCCUUGCGAGUCAGCCAGUUGGAUGCUGCAGAACUUGACACAGAGAUUCUGUCCAUGACUAAAAACCAGCUAUCAAAACUCUUCAAGUAUCACCAGAGCAACUUUUUGGCAAACUUUGAGCCAGAAAUAGAAGCUGGUAUAAAACUUCUCUUAUGGAAGUUUUCAAUCAACACAAUGGAGUCCACAUUGGGCCAGGCAAUGCUGAGUCUGAAGUACCGUAAUGAGCGAUUUCCAGCCGCAACCAGUCCAGACUGGAUCUCCAGGAGACAGAAGAUUCUGUAUGCCUGCCUUCUGAUUGGCUGCCCCUGGCUCAGAGAUCGGUCACAUGACCUUGUGCGUCUGCUGCGAUUGGACAAGUGGAGAGACAAUGUUCAGCAAGUAAUAAAAUGGGUGGAGACGGGUUUUAAGCUUGCAACGUUGGCCAACUUUCUUGUGUUUCUACGACAGGGGUCAUACAUGUCUGUCCUAGAACGGUUGCUCGGCAUUCGUUCUGUGUUUCCACAACAACAGGGCAUGCGCCAGGUGACGUUUGAGUACAUGACCAGGGAGUUGCUUUGGCAUGGAUUUUCAGAAUUCCUGUUCUUCAUUCUACCUCUUGUUAACUUUCAAAAAGUCAAGAACUUUGUGUUGCAAAAAAUACUGCCAUCUGCUUCCAAGUCUGCACUGUCCCAUAAUGCACCUCGUGAUUUCACUUCCUGUGCAGUGUGUGGAGAUUGGCCAAUCAGAGCCCAGGAAAUCGGUUGCCAUCAUGUCUUCUGCUAUUUUUGUAUUCAUAGUAACUAUAAAGCAGACCCAGGUUUUGCCUGCCCUUUGUGUUCUCAGAAGAUCGGGAAAGAAAGAGACAUUCGAUCUGUGACCAUAGUGCCACGCAGCAACAACGAUGAUGAUGAUAAUACUUAAUUAGACAGCUUUUAUUUUUAAUUUUCAAAGCAUUAAACUUUUAUCGAUGAUAGGUGUUUGCUAGACCUUUUUUCGAUUUACUCGGUUUUUGGAUCGGCUGUCCUCAUUUUUAGCUCAUGGUGAGUUUUUGAAAUCACCUUUUGUCUGUCGUUUAUAAUCUGUAUAUCCAUGCAUGUUGUCAACAUUUACCUUGUUAACAAUAUAGGGGCCACAUUUAUUGUCAAAACUGAAUGAAACUUGGUCGAAACAUUGGAAAGCAUUUUUUCACAAAAGAUCUGCCCAUGCCAAUGUUCUGAUCCAAUGAGAACCAAUUCAAAUGCUGUUUCACCUGAGAAGUUACUGGAAUUUGUACAGACAGUUUCAUUCAGGCUGGGCUCCAAUGUUGCAAUUAAUGCAGUUGAAUUGGUCUCAUGAACAACCUGGCGUUCGGAAUGAGUUCUAGACAGGAUGCAAUCAUUCUUAACAGUAUCAUGAAAUGUUUGGCAGUGCAUAGACCCUUUUGGAUGUUUCCCACAGCUAGUUUCAAAUUUGUAAGUCUUUCAUCUGUGGGAAAAACCAGACCUUUUAUGAAAUCCCAAUGACUCCCCAAAUACACUAGAGACUGAAUGGGAACAAGUUGUGAUUUUUCCUUGUUGACUAUGAAACCUAGACGGUAAAGGUGACUUAGGAUUUGUGCUCUGUCUUGUAACAAUAACUUUUUUGUUUUGUUUGUGGCCAACCAAUUGUCUAGAAAGCUUGAUAGACAAAUAUUGAAUUUACAAAGGUGAGCUACUACCACAGUGAUUACUUUCAUGAAGACACAAGGAGCACUUGUUGGGACAAAGCAAAGUGUUCAAAACUGGUAUGUUACGCCUUGGAAAUGAAAUUGAAAGUACUUACAAUGAACUUAGAAAAUUUUCAAAUGAAAAUAUGCAUCUUUCAAAUCUAUUGUGAAAGCCAAAUCUCCCUUCUGUACUAGAUUCAAGUCUUUGGUCAGUGUAUCCAUCUUGAAAUGUUUUUUGCAGAGAUACUCGUUGAGGGGUUUCAGGUUUAUAACCGGUCCCAUUUCCCCAAUCUUUUUAUGCCCCAGAAGGAGGGCAUAUAGUGAUCGGACCGUCCGUCUGUCUGUCUGUCUGUCUGUCUUUCCGUCACACUUUGUGUUUAGAUUUUGCACUUAGGUUUCGAAAAAUGCUCAUAACUUCUAUGUCGCUUCAGAUAGCAACUUGAUAUUUUGCAUGCAUGUGUUUCUCAUGGAGCUGCACAUUUUGAGUGGUGAAAGGUCAAGGUCAUCCUUCAAGGUCAAAGGUCAAAACAACAAAUUGAAGGGAAGAAAUAAGCUUCAAAGGGAGAUAAUUAUCUGAACCUGCCAAAUGAUUAUAUAAUUUUAUUUUUAAAUCAAAGCGGCGUAGAAGGGGGCAUUGUGUUUCUGACAAACACGUCUCUUGUUUGGUACUAUAAACAACGUGCAGUAAAAACCGGCAUGUAUUUUGUUUGGAUUGACAAUUUUUAUGGCAUGUUUUUCUGAAAGGGCGUCUAUUGCUUGUUUUAUAAUGUUUUGACUUUUUACAGGAAUAUUGGUGGGUUUUAUUCUUAAAAAUGGAGGUUUUUCCAGAAACUCUAAUUUGUAACCUUCUUUUAUUAUGUCCAGAACCCAUUUGUCUGUUGUUAUCAUUUGCCAUUCUGACAGGAAAUGAGACAGUUUUCCCCCAAUGGGUAUAUCCGGAUUUUGUGCAAUAAUACUGACAUUUUUCAUCUGUUUUUUGCCAAUGGCUUUCCUUUACCAGUGGCCGGUCUUCUUGGACCAUAACUUCCUGAGUGAUAACUACCUCGGGUCGGGGCAGCUGUUUUGUCGCUGUCUGAUCUUGUAACCUUUGGGAUGCCAAAAUUAUUUCAUCUACUGAAAGAGGUACCUGGCUUUUCAGCAGAUCUCUCAAAUGCUGGUCUUUUGUUUGAUUCUGACUGUGUCUCAGAGAACUUUUGUUUUUGCCAACAUCAGGAAUAAGGUCAUCCACUUGUUUCUUUUUCUCUUUCUUCUCCUUGAGUAAUGUUUCUAAGCCCUUCCCAAAUACACCAUCACCAGUCAAUGAGAGGUUAGUGAUCUCUAAUUUGUCUGUUUGUUCAUAUAAAGCAGUGUCAGUCACUGUCCUGCAUGUAAUGUGGUUGAAUGCCCCUGAUCUGCCAAUGUGAUCCACACUCUUAGUACUUAUAGCAAAAAUGUCUUUCACUAAUUGGGAGGCUUUGUCUUUGUGAAAAUCCUCUGACCCAAUAAACUGGAGCAAAUUCCCUAGACUCUACCAUUCGAGCUGGUUGGGUGAACAAAUUCUUACCCUUAGCGAAUGAGGCUUUGAUACCAUAUACCUCUUUGUAUGGCAACAUUAUACCAAAGAGUCCAAUGACAGCACUUGCAACAAUUUCUCUGCUUCCCCAUCAACAGGGAAGAGGUCAAAAUUAUCUUCAGAAUAUGCAGUAAAAUAGUUUGGCUCUUUGCAUCAUUCUGUAACUGCUUUCAGGAUCUUCUAUAUGAGAUUUGUCCAAAGUGAUGCCUUUUAUUUCCACAGACUUUUUUACCAAUGCAUCCUCUCCGAACAUGUCAAAAAGACCUUUUUUCAUGCUCUCAAACAUGGACUCUGUGACAUUAUUGUUCUUGUCAGAGUUUUGCUUUAUUUCCAAUAUUUUCAUCAAGCUCAGAGUCUUUGUGACCACAAGCACAUAGGAUUAUUCUGUCAGACUGUCCAUCAGACUGUUUCUCAUCACUACUGUCUGAACAUAUAGCUGACCCAUGUCUCCUGUCAUCAAUUUUGGCUUUGCUAUCUUUCGAGACUGACUGUUCUUGUUUGUCAAGAAACUGUUGCAACAUUUCUUCAUUAUUUCCCAUUUUGUUGCUUAGGUCAGCAUAUCUCUUGGACUUUUUGGCACGAUUGUCAUUAUAAUGCUGAGAAUUAGCGGGUUUUGUACCAACUAACAACUGUGCGGGUUCAUUUUUGCUCAACAAUUCUUCCGCACGUGGUGACGCCAUAUUUGCGAACUCGCUGUCGCCAUCUUAAUACCAGUUUGUUUCAGGCGUAAUUUCCCUGUCCGCAUGCGAAUGACAACUCUCCAUAAUGACACAAGUCAGUAAGAAAGGCUUGAACACUGUAUUAUGUGAAUUGGGAAUAAGACAUCAAACUGGGAAUGGACAUCAUUUUGGUGAUUUUUUCAAACAAAACUAGUCAUUUCAUGAUCUACAUAUAUUUUUGUAAUAUAUUAUCUAUAAUUCAAGCUUAAUAAGAAAUUUUCCAUGACUUUUUUAUUAACAUUGAUUGAAUUUGUAUCAUUUAAAGUGUAUUUUUAAACUGUGUCCAUGCGCGGCAUGGACACAGUUUUAUUUCAUGAGGAUUUUUUUUUUUAAUUAAUAAAAAAUCCAGUUUUUAAGUAAUUUACUAAAAUCAAUUAAAAUGAUGCUAUUAUAUAUGCAAGUAUAUGUUUUAAUUAUAAUUUGUAAAACUAGAUAAAUGCAACAUAUAAAACUGCAUAUUAUGCACUUUUGAUAAAACACAAUUUAUUCCCAAAUUGAUGUCUUAUUCCCAAUUCACAUAAUACAGUGUUCUUUGAUUUAUGAUUAAAACUCGAAGAAAAUUACAAAGUCUAAUAAAAAUUGCUGUAAAAUAAAAACAAUGUGAAGACUUUUGCAAGAAUAAAAGAACUGUUUAUCUGACUAGAAAUAGGAAGUAAGCUUAUAUCGACUGCGCAUGUGCAGCCUGCUCGCAGCUUUUCGAAAAAGCUUACUGUUAUUUCAGGUAAGUUUAUUUAUGAAAUAAAACACAGUCGCCAAGGGGAGGGGCAUUUAUCCCAAUAUGGUUAUUGUAAAACCUUGUUAGCACUCUAAAAGUUCCAUAUAUUGUCCAAUCUAAAUGAAACGUGCCUAGAACAUCAGUUUUAAUGAUAUCUUGGGGAUGCACUGAGCAGGUCAGUUCCUUCUCAGGUUAGCGACUGAAGUGUACCACUAACAAUGGCGUGGUGUAAUUACACAUUAAAAUUAAUCGCAAUAUGAUAUCAAUUUCAAAUUUGAUGUGUUGAACCAUUUUAUGUUUAAAAAAAAAUCUCAAUUUUUGAUAAUGAUAAUAGUAUUGAAUACAUUUAGCCAUAUUUAAAUUUAACCACUGUUGUGUGUGUUCAGUCAUUAAGACCGGGAAUAAUAUAUCAACUUGGUUGAUGUUGUUUGUAUCCUACACAUGCUUUUGAAACCCAUAUAAAUGUUAAACAUGAAUGUUGGUUGCUAUGGAAACCAUAUUUUGACAUUAACAAUUGUGUGAUUAAAAUAAGAAGAUUCAUA